AUUGCCAGUCGCAUUCCUUGCUAGCAAUUUCCCCUCAUCCGUAUCCUCCAUGGCGACAUGAAACUGAUCUUCUCACUGCUCGCAAAACACACACCGAAAACCUUCAAAGUCUCCUACAGCCCAGACUACACGACCUUCAUAAUCCACCAUAUCCUGAGCGACUCCCAACACCCCCUCUACGAGCUCCGCAAGCGCGAAUACGAGAAGCGAAAGAAUGAAGGCCUCUGGUGGCACGUAACAACCUUCUUGGACCUCUCGAAGUCUGGGGUCGUGAGAUCGUGGUGUAGAAGGCGGCUGCGGAAUGCAUUCACAGAGGAGCUGAAGGCACGAGGCUUCAAUGAGCAUGGUAAAUUGGUCAAGAAAGAAGCCCUAAAAGGUCUUCAAGAUAGGCUUGGAGAGUUGCCGAAAAAUGAAGAAGGGCUCAGCUUGAAAGGAAGCGUGAGACUGCAGGUUCUACCCGCCCUCAUAUCGGCGAAAUAUGCGGACGUCAGACAGGAGACGGGCAAGCUCGUGGACAUAUUGCUGGAGGGCAUGACGGUCGAGGCUCUGAAUGGUAGCUCAACACCUGUCGCCAGGGUCCGGAAAUUUACUCGGUCUCAAUGGAAUUCAUCCCCGGCGAAAGGCACACCUCGACCGUCUCGAAAUCAAAGCCGGAAGAAGCCCAAAGCCGCAACCCAUGCACUGCGACGUGCCGCAUCAUAGCCACAGCAGGUCCUACUGCACCUUUCGCAUUCCCGACACAUUUAUCCGCUCGGAGGGGAGGGUUUGUGGAUAUACUGUGUGGCAGUCCAACGGCUAAUUGGCACACCGCGGAGGCCUUUGAGAGGGACAUUGGAGGACGCGAGGAUUGGCAGUUAAGAGUUGAAAUAGUCGCGACGCGUCGUGAAGAAGAGGAAAGCCAAAGCGAUAUGACAUUACCGAGACAUAGCCGCGUAGUACAGCGAGAAAGAUGCGCACAAUUUGCCAUGGACUAGAUCCGAUUGGUAUCCACUGAAUAUGUUGUUCCAUC